CGGCUAGGGGGGGAGCCGUGGCGGCCGUGGCGGGGCGCGCUCUCGAGCGGCGGUGGCAGCGGCCUAGGGUGUCCCGUUGGUCUUGGCGCAAGGGAGAGGCGGUGGCGCUGCCCGCGGUGGCGGGGGUUGGCGACGGAGCGCGUUUGAGCCAGGACCGGGGUCCGCGGCGCGCUCUCCGCCCAUAGAAAUGAGCCGUCAGACUGCUACAGCACUACCUACUGGUACCUCCAAGUGUCCACCAUCCCAGAGGGUGCCUGCCCUGACUGGCACAACUGCAUCCAACAAUGACUUGGCGAGUCUUUUUGAGUGUCCCGUCUGCUUUGACUAUGUGUUACCACCCAUUCUGCAGUGUCAGAGUGGCCAUCUUGUUUGUAGCAACUGUCGCCCCAAACUCACAUGUUGUCCAACUUGUCGGGGCCCAUUGGGAUCCAUUCGCAACUUGGCUAUGGAGAAAGUGGCCAAUUCAGUACUUUUCCCUUGUAAAUAUGCCUCUUCUGGAUGUGAAAUAACUCUGCCACACACAGAGAAAGCCGACCAUGAGGAGCUCUGUGAGUUUAGGCCUUAUUCCUGCCCGUGCCCUGGUGCUUCCUGUAAAUGGCAAGGCUCUUUGGAUGCUGUGAUGCCACAUCUGAUGCAUCAACACAAGUCCAUUACAACCCUACAAGGAGAGGAUAUAGUUUUCCUUGCUACAGACAUUAACCUUCCUGGUGCUGUUGACUGGGUGAUGAUGCAGUCCUGUUUUGGCUUUCACUUCAUGUUAGUCUUGGAGAAACAGGAAAAAUACGAUGGUCACCAGCAGUUCUUUGCAAUUGUACAGCUGAUAGGAACACGCAAGCAAGCUGAAAAUUUUGCUUAUCGACUUGAGCUAAAUGGUCAUAGGCGGCGAUUGACUUGGGAAGCGACUCCUCGGUCUAUUCAUGAGGGAAUUGCAACAGCCAUUAUGAAUAGCGACUGCCUAGUCUUUGACACCAGCAUUGCACAGCUUUUUGCAGAAAAUGGCAAUUUAGGCAUCAAUGUAACUAUUUCCAUGUGUUGAAAUGGCAAUCAUUUUCUGGCCAGUGUUUAAUUUCACAGAGAAUAAGGCACCCAUCUGCCUGCUAACCUGAAACUCUUGGUAGAUGGAAGGUCUACACAUGAAGGUAAAUAAGAAGAAAGGCUGUUAAAUACAGGAAACAGUUGCAUGUAGUAACACUAAUAUAUUUAAAAAUAAGUCAACAGUAAACCACUGAAAAAAAUAUAUAUACACCCAAGAUGGGCAUCUUUUGUAUUAAGAAAGGAAGCAUUGUAAAAUAAUUCUGGAUUUUGUGUUCGUUGUAGAUUGGUUAUAUUGUUGAAAAAAAUUUUUUUGCGCGAGUGUGUGUGUGUGUGUGUGUGUGUGUGAGAGUGAGUGUGUGAGUGUGUUUCCUUUAACUGACAAGCCAUCUGAGUGGUCUCAGACCACUGCUACCCCCUUUUGUGAGUCAAUACAUAGUGCUGCUGUGUUUUUGUUUUGUUUUGGUGUGUAUGUAUAUUUGCUAGUUUUUAUUCUAGUUUUUCAUUAAAUAAAUUUGACUUCUGUAAUUCAGGUUUUUUCUCAAUUUUUUUGUACCUUUUUAAAGUUAAUUUUUUUGAUAUGCAUAAUUGUUUAUGUAAGAGUUUAUGUUCAGUACAUUUUCUUUUCCCUGACUAAUCAGUUCAUUAGAAAUAUUCUGAAGAUACAAGUUCCAGAAAGGGAAGGUAACAUUAGAACAGUUUCAGCUCUGUGGAACAGCUACAAGGUGGUCUUUCAUUCUCCUUCUUAUUAUCUCUUCUGUUGAGUUCUGCUUGCAGGCUUUUCUUUGAAAAGUUAAGAAACACAUUCUGAUUUAUAUAAGUACUGAAAAAAAAAUCAGGCUUUUUCCUCCCCCAAAUGUCUUGGGCAAAUCACAUGUUUAAAAAUUGUUCUUGUAUUUAUUGGUUUUACAAAAGAAGGCAUCAUCAUACAGUAUUUGUAAUUUAAGGCAAAUCAUUUGUUGAAAAAGGAAGUUUGCAAAAAAUGUUUUUGGUCUUUUAUAACUCAUUAAAAGAUUAUCUGCAAAUUAAAAAA